UCCUUUGUGUUUUGAAAACGAAUUAAAUGAAUUAUUACCUCAAAAUUUAAAUAUAUAAAUUCAAAUUCAAAAGGCUUUGAAUGGAAAUUAUGGCUGCUCGAGAUGUCGCAAUGAUGACGCGCAAAAACGAUUCGUUGAGCAUCUAUUUUUCCAAAUAAAACCGAUAAUGUUUACGAAUUAUUCGUGCAAAUGACUAGUUUGUUACGUCAGAACUAAAAGCAUAUAUAAAUGUUAUUAAAAAUUUGUUUAUACUGAAUAGUCUCGCCAUCUGAACGAACAUAAGCGAACAAAAGUGACAAAGGGGGCGACCCCCGCUCACCUGAGUUGUAUGUUGAACAGGUAGACAGUCUCUACAAUAAGCGAAACCUAUCAUCAAGUCUGGAAAAUACGUAUAAAAUACAUAAGCAACGAACUUUGAAACCAAUAUAAUAUUUAGUUAAAAUAACAAACCAGUGAAAGAAACAAAGACUGUCUAAUUAAGGAUGAAUCUACGAACAAAAGCAUUGAAUUUAUUGCUUGAAUUGUCAGCAGGACCGUGUAAAUGUCCUGCUCAUUCUUCUGCUAACUUCUUUCCCGUUUCAUCACAACUAAGCAGCAACGAAAAGGAGUAUGCAUUUGAGAUAAUAUCCCCAACGGUACGUUUCGGACCAGGAGUCACAAAAGAAGUAGGACUGGACGUUUUAAACUUGAAUUUAAAAAAUGUAUGCGUUAUUACUGAUUCAAACAUAUCAAAACUUGCACCCCUUAAGGUCACUCUGGACUCAUUAGCAAAACAUCAAGUAAAAUUCGAAGUGUACGAUCAAGUUCGUAUCGAACCUAACGAGGAGAGUUUUAAGCAAGCAGCAAGAUUCGCAAUUGGGUCGAAUUUUGACGGUUUUAUUGCAGUAGGGGGAGGUUCAGUUAUUGAUACAGCAAAAGCGGCCAAUUUGUACUCCAGCUACCCGCACGCAGACUUUUUAGAUUUCGUAAAUAGUCCUUUAGGAAAAGGAAAAACCAUCGACAAGCCACUUAAACCGCUGAUCGCAAUUCCAACAACAUCCGGAAGCGGAAGUGAAACCACUGCAGCCGCAAUCUUCGACUACACUCCCAAAAAAGCUAAAACUGGGAUACAAGGAAGGUAUCUUCGGCCCAUACUAGGACUCAUAGAUCCAGAACAUGUAUUAUCAUUACCAGAACGAGUCAGUGCCUAUAGUGGAUUUGAUGUCUUUUGUCACGCUUUGGAAUCAUUUACAACUUUGCCGUAUACUGAAAGAACUCCAAGACCUAGUAAUCCUUCUCAAAGACCCACUUACCAAGGAAGAAAUCCCGUCUCCGACGUUUGGGCGCAGUUUGCGUUAAGUACCCUCAACAAAUACUUCGAAAGGUCAGUUUUUCAUUCUGAUGAUAAAAAAGCGAGGUACAACAUGCAUUUGGCAGCUUCUAUGGCUGGGGUAGGUUUCGGAAACGCAGGAGUCCACUUGUGCCAUGCCUUGGCCUAUCCUAUUGCUGGUAUGGCAAAGAAUUUUAAUCCUGAAGGAUACAAUAAAGACCAUCCUAUUAUUCCUCACGGUUUAUCAGUUGUAGUAACAGCCCCCACAGUAUUUGAAUUUACGAGUCCUGCGUGUCCUGAAAGACAUUUGAGGGCAGCAGAAUUGCUUGGCGCAAAUGUAUUGAAUGCCAAGAAGGACGAUGCCGGACUUAUCCUUUCCGAUGUUAUAAGGACUUAUAUGCAAAAGUUGAAAAUUGAAAAUGGAAUAGGAGCUCUAGGAUAUACUGAAGAUGAUGUACCUAGACUUGUUGAAGGUACCUUACCACAAAAAAGGAUUACAAAGUUGGCACCACGAGAGCAGUCAGUAGAUGAUUUAACACAACUGUUCAAAAAUUCAAUGACAGCAUACUGAAAUAAACACUUUUUUGUUUUUUCUAAGUAUAAUUCCUCUACAAAGAACAUAUAUAACAGUAUCACAAAUAUGGACAUCAAAAGCUAUUGAAUACUUCACAUUAGCAUGUUUGUGCACGCACUUGGCAAAAUAAAAACAAAAGGGAAUGUAUUAUGUUAAUUAUAUUAAAAAACAUGUUAAUAAGGACAGAACCGUAUGAAUAAAUUGAUGAAAUAACAAGACCACUUUCCUCAAAAACUAGCAUAUUGAAACCAAAGGUG